AUGGGUGAUGAUGGUAGACGAUAUUUAUUUGAUUUGUAUCGUCUUAAUCCUGUUGAUAUUGAAUUUUUAGAGAAAGAAUGUGAACCUAAAGAAGAAAGUGACCUUCCACUUUAUUCUCACAAAUUAACUUUAUUAAGACCAGAAUUGAUUGAAUCUUUUUGGGAUUAUAAAUUUAGAUUGUGGCUUCAGGAAAAGGCUAAUCGAAAACAGAAUGAGGAAACCAAAGAUUCUAAACCUGAAGAUUCUAAACCUGAAGAUUCUAAACCUGAAGAUUCUAAACCUGAAAAUUCUAAACCUGAAAAUUCUAAACCUGAAGAUUCUAAACCUGAAGAUUCUAAGCCUGAAGAUUCUAAACCUGAAGAUUCUAAACCUCAAGAAGUAACUCCCGAUGAAGAAUUUAAUUUUACAUUAAAUCCAGAUUCUUUUACUGAUUAUAAAAUACCAGAUGGUGAUAAUUAUAAGACAAAGAAAGAAACUGACGAAGAAAAUGUCAGGAAUGCUUCAAAAUAUCUUAGAGAUAGUGUUAUUCAAUUGAUGAUUAUUGAAUUCACUUCAUUAGCUGUUUCACCAGCAGAUGGAGCAUCAUUAACAGCAGCCAUGCAUCGUCGUGGUAUUAAUAUGCGAUAUUUAGGCACGAUUGCAAAAAUUCUUUAUGAAUCUACAGAUCGAAAGUUAGAUCAUAUAAGGCAUUUGGUUAUUCAUGAGAUGAUUAUCAGAGCAUCAAAACGUAUACUUCGUGAACUUCUUCGAGAACUACCAAUCACAUACACAUCAUAUUGUGUUGCGCAUUUUUUUAAUUGUCUGCUAGGGACCGACUAUAAUGCUAAUCCACAACCAUUAGUUCCUGAUGUAUUAUUUAGUUGUGGUGGUAGUGGUGAGAAUGAUGAUGACGCAAACAACAGUAAAAAAAAAAAGAAUAAAAAUAUCAAGAAUAAAGCCGAUAAUACUCAAUCAUAUGCAUACUUAAAUCUCACACCCUCUUCACUCGUUCAACAAAUUCAUAGUACGGUGUUAGUACGUUUUCGAUAUAAACUUCCUGAAGAUUUUGUUUCUACACACAUUCGCAAACUUCCAUUACUGAGAGAAAUAUGUUUACGAGUAGGAGUUCAAAUAGCAGCUCAAGGUUAUCAUUUUGUAAAAAAGAAAUCAAAAAAAAGAGCAACCACAUUCUUACCAGAUGAUAUCUUCAAUAUAAUACCUGUUGUCAAACAAGCAACUCCUAAAGUAAACACUGGAAAAUUAAGUAUUGCUCAAGGUCAUCGAGAUUUAGGCGUGGAUCUAAUGUUACAAUCACUUGCAUUACAUGAACAAAGUUAUGGUUUUCUUCAUCCAGCAACGGCAAAGUGUUACGUUGCAUUAGCGAUGUAUUUUUAUCAUCAUGAAGAUUUAGAAAUUGCGAUAGAUUUUCAAAAGAAGGCCGUUGUUGUAUUGGAGCGAACUUGUGGUACUGACAGUGUAGAAGCAGUGCAUGCUUAUUUACAUUUAGGUCUUUUUGAAAAUGCUAUUGGUCAUACCGAAAUCGGUCUUCGUUACAUGAAGCAUGCAAUGUUUUAUUGGGAAAUUAUAUAUGGACCUUCACACCCGGAUGGCGCAACCGCUGAUGUAAGAAAAAAACAAUUUUUUCAUAACGUCGGAAUUAUGUUACAAAAUUUAAAAGAUUUUGGUGGUAGUAUAAGGUUUUUCGAAAGAGCCAAAGAAACAAAUGAAACUAUCUUUGGAAAAAAUAAUGUUUUAACUGGUGAAUCAUACCAUCUCCUAGCGAAAGCUUUAGCACUUUCUGAAGAUUAUAAAGCAGCUUUGACUGCAGAAAAAUCAGCAUAUAAUAUUUUUCACACUGUGUUUGGACCUGAUCAUCCUCGAACUAAGGAAACUGAACAACUGCUUAAAGAUUUAACGUCAAAUGCUGUUCAUAAUGCUAAAAUGGCAUUAUUACAGAAACAAGAUAAGCGAAAAGCCACUUCUGCAAUGCAAAUAAGAACGGCAGGAAGUCAUCAUUCAAACAUCUCAACCAGUACUUUAAAAAAGAAAAAGUUUGCAAAAAGUAAUAAAUAA